AUGUCGUUCAAUCUGAAUGUCCGCCAUCGCUCCAGGCUAUCGCACGCAGAUGUCAAGUUAAUUCUCUUCCUAAUUGUCCAGAUCAAGCCCUUCAAAUACGUUGGUGACAGGACACUCUCACAAUCCCGAAAAUGGGAUCUAAUCCAGCAGAAACUCGAACAACACAAGUUACGCAGCCAUCAUCCAGCUGGUGUAGUUCCCACGGUUCGAACCUUACAGCGGCAGAUGGCCACAGCGCUUCAGAGAGCCCAGCAUAGACACCAGACCGACCAUUACGUUCCAUUUCUGGUGUUUACCACUCUUUCAAGAUCCAGUCCUUUGGUAGACUUGGAAUUGGCAGUUUUAGAGUUAUACAAUUUGUCCGAAGCUUACAAGACGGGCCAGACGGUGGGCCCAUUGCCAGAGCAGGUGAGCCAGGCUCUUGAGGGCGAUCUGCUUGCAGAUGUUGACCUUGAACUGCCAGAAAGCGAACCUACCAGAGCCCACUCGGACGUUCUGGACCAUCUGCGCCGCUCGCUGCUGCUUGGACCUGACAGAGACGAUAGCGAGGUGCCUGAGAGCGUGGCUCCGAUAGUUUCUCGCAUUCGCAUGGUGCUGGAACAGAACAGAACCUUCUACAAUGAAUGCUUGCUGAUGCUACGACUGCAAUCUGCGGCCAUGAACGAACGACUCAUCAAAUUGGAGGAGCUUGUGAUUGCGUCAGGAAAAACAAUGGAUUUGCGCAAACAGGAGCUCGAGGAUGAGUUCAAGCAGAAGACAGAGAGGGAGAGAGUUCUGCGGUCCAUUCUGCUGCUCUUGAAUUGA